GAACAAGAUUGUCGCCAUCUAUCGGAAAAUUUUGCCAACUACUUAAAUACGUAAUAUCUCCGAACAUAACCUAUAAUUAAAUGAUUUGAGAUGCAGUUAUGUUGCAAAUAAUCAUCAACGAACUAUGACGUGUACAUUUAGCACAAUUUUAAAUUACUAGAAUGACAAACAAAAACGAUGGUUACAUUGAUAGAAGCCUUUUAAUAUAGUAAGUAAGUGUUGACUCUAACUUUAAAAGGGGAUACUAGUUCACAUUCCAUUUGAAACAGUUUAGCUACCCGCUACAGCACUCUGUAAAUAUGCAAGAUCCCGAUUAUACACAGUACAACAAAUUAUAUUCCAAUAUCGAAGAGAGAAGCAAUAUUUACGCAUUUGAUAGCAGCAUCGGCUUGAAUGUUAACCUAAACGGCAAUAGCUCAGAUUCCAGCGAUUCGCAAGAUGAGCGUCACUACGACUCUCGAAGGACGUACGGUUUAGUUGGCCUGCAGAACAUCGGAAAUACUUGUUACAUGAAUGCGGCACUUCAGGCUCUUAGCAAUACAUUACCAUUAACCAGUUUCUUUCUGGAUUGCUCGGCCACUGUGAUGAUACUUUCGGAGGGACGUAAACCUGGUCUUAGUCGGACAUAUCAAUCGCUUAUAAAGGAUAUAUGGAUAAAGAAAGGGUACGGCUAUGUUACUCCUUCCGGUAUUUUGUAUGGUAUUCGAAAUGUGCACGCAAUGUUCCGUGGCUAUCAUCAACAUGAUACCCAGGAGUUUUUAAGAAAUUUUAUGGACCAAUUACACGAGGAGCUAAAGCAAAUAUGCCCUACAGAGUUGAUGAUCGAUUUGAGUAAUUAUAGUUUAACUGUUGAUGAGUCGGCGAUGAAUUCUAGUAUUGAAUCGAGCGAGGGAGAGUAUGAAACAUGUGAUUCGGGUGUGAGCGAACGUUCGAGUCUGAGUGAUGAGAUGGAACGAACCGAAAGCGUUAACAAGAGCAGGUUGUCUAGGUCUACUAGUCCAUGUUAUAAAAUUCGUCCACACUUUCAAACUACUGCUGUGGAUACUCAACCUACAACCAGUGCAUCCACAACUUCAACGAAACCCCAAUACAAAUACCGAUCAAUAAUAUCGGACAUAUUUGAUGGAAAAUUACUUUCAUCGGUACAAUGUCUAACAUGCAGUAGGGUAUCUAGUCGCGUCGAAACGUUUCAAGAUUUGUCUUUACCUAUUCCAUCUCGGGAUCAUCUGUUAGUUUUGCACGGACACAACGUCGACAGUGGCUUAGCGACUUGCUCAGAAGUGGUGCUACCCGAACAAGACGGAUGGAUCGCGUGGAUAAUAUCUUGGCUACGUUCGUGGUUUUACGGGCCGAUUGUAUCUCUGCACGAUUGUCUGGCCGCAUUUUUUAGUACGGAUGAACUCAAAGGCGAUAAUAUGUACAGUUGUGAAAGGUGCAAUAAGUUAAGAAAUGGAAUCAAAUUUAGCAAGGUGCUGCAGUUACCCGAAAUUUUAUGCAUUCAUCUGAAAAGGUUUCGGCACGAACUUAUGUUUAGUAGUAAAAUUUCAUCGUUCGUUAGCUUUCCUUUAAAAGGAUUAGAUGUAAGGCCUUACCUGCAUGCCGAUUGCGUAUCCAAUGUGACAACGUACGAUCUAUUUUCUGUUAUAUGCCAUCACGGCACGGCCGGUGGAGGUCAUUACACGUGUUACUCUUUAAACAAUAAUCAAUGGUACGAAUUUGAUGAUCAGUGUGUUACCAAAGUGUCUGCUGAAACUGUGCAAGCAUGUGAGGCGUAUGUUUUAUUCUAUCGUAAAAAUACCGCAUCGAUGCAAGUAAUUAAAUCAAAAGCCUGUGAAAUAGCUGAAAUGUAUAGUAAUUCUUCGGAUGGAGUUAGUUAUGUAUCCAAACAAUGGUUUAGCAGGUUUAAGACAUGCGCCGAACCUGGACCGCUCGAUAAUUCAGAUUUCUUAUGCCAACAUAACCUUAUUAACCCAGAACGAAGCGAUUUACUACCACAGCUUGCUGUGCAACUACCGAAACAAGUGUAUGACUAUCUGUACAAAAAAUUCGGAGGAUGCCCGGCAAUUGUCGACAUUCACGUCUGUCCAACAUGUGAAGCUUUACAAAGGCGUAUCACAGUCGAAGUUGAAACAUUCUUGAAUUUGAGCCGAGACUUGCAUAUAUUUCCCGCUACUCAUCUCAUUUCUAGCGCGUGGUUUAGUCAGUGGCAAAAUUUCAUCCAAAAACGAACUCUGGAUCCUCCAGGACCCAUCGAUAACUUUCAAAAACUGCCCGGAAUUGCAAACGACUAUCUAGAAAUAAGUGAAGAUAUUUGGCUAUUUUUCUAUGAAAUUUAUGGUGGAGGGCCAGAAAUGUCGACUACUAUGCAAAAUUUAAGUGACCUCGAGCAUAAUACAACCUUAACUAACAAUAAGACAUCUUUGGCAGAUGAAGACACCCCCACUCCUUGUACCAGGCAUUCAAAUCAUAGUGGAAGGAGCAAACCAUAUAAUGUUCAGAAUAAUGGUAUCUGUGAUACUACCGGAUCAACCGAAUCUGAAUUACCAUCUGAAACCCCAACGGAAUCCUCAUACAAUAAUGUAGGGGAGUCUUAUCGCAAUUGCAACAAAUUAGACGAUAAUAUAUCGAGUACGUCAAAUACAGACGAAGAAAGUGCUCAAGGGGAUGUCAAAUAUUCAGAACAGAAUAAACCAAUGUCGAUAACAGGUAGAGAGAAGCUAUAUUAUAAAACAAAAAGAAGAAGAUUCAGAUACAAACUUGGUUAUAAAAACAAAAAUUUAAAUAUUUCCAGACCUUUAAAAAAAUAAUUAAUUGUUAACUUAUUCCUGGCCAGUAUUUGGCCCUUAAUUUAUUUUUACUUUGUUCGUAGGAGAAAUAGCGAUUUUGGGCUGGUAGGUUAACAUUAAAACAGUAUCAGUAUUUCUUUUUGACAUGUUUAAUUAUUGUAUUUGUUAUUGUUUACAGCUGUUUCAAGAUCUUUUAUUCUAUUUUAAUUGGGAAAAUAGUUAAAAUUUGAUUUUAACUAUUUUGUCGUUCAGUGUACCUUUUAUAUUAAGCAAAUAUACUAUUAUUAAAAAA